CCUGCGCCGACCCCCGCGGCGGCGGCGGCUGUGUGCGGGGGACCCUCGCCCGCGUCCAGAUGACACUCGCACCCAUGGCUUCGGUCGUGGCGGUGACUGAACCGAAAUGGGGGGCGGUCUCCGGCCGCUUCCUGUGGGUGACGCUGCUGAGCAUGGCGCUGGGGUCCCUGCUGGCCCUGCUGCUGCAGCUCGGGCCCACGGAGGAGCCGUGCUGGGCCCUGCUCAGAGGUUUCUUCCUGCUGCGGAGCAAGCUGGACAGGCCGCAGCCCGGCGCCAGGCGCACCGGCCCUUCCACGGAGCUCAGCGUCGCCUCCGGGGCCGCGCGGGGAGCGGCGCUGCUGCUGGUGCAGCCCCCGGCCGCUCCAGCCGGCAGGUUGGAAGCCAGAGCUGCCCUGAACCGAGCCCUGGAGAUGAAACGCCUGGGCAAGCGCGAGAAGGCCCACAAGCUCUUCCUGCACGCCCUCAAGAUGGACCCGGGCUUCGCCGACGCGCUGACCGAAUUCGGCAUCUUCUCGGAGGAGGACAAGGACAUCGUCCGGGCGGACUACCUGUACACCCGCGCACUGACCCUGGCCCCACACCACGAGAAGGCGCUGGUGAGCCGGGGCCGCACGCUGCCGCUGGUGGAGGAGAUCGACCAGAGGCACUUCGGCAUCAUCGACAGCAAAGUGAAGAAGGUCAUGUCCAUCCCCAAGGGCAGCUCGGCGCUACGCAGGGUCAUGGAGGAGACCUACUACCACCACAUCUACCACACGGUGGCCAUCGAGGGCAACACCCUGUCGCUGUCGGAGAUCCGCCACAUCCUGGAGACGCGCUACGCCGUGCCGGGCAAGAGCCUGGAGGAGCAGAACGAGGUCAUCGGGGUGCACGCCGCCAUGAGCUACGUCAACACCACGCUGCUGUCCCGCAUCGGCUCCGUGGCCCUCGCCGACGUGCUUGAGAUCCACAGGCGGGUGCUGGGCUACGUGGACCCGGUGGAGGCGGGCCGGUUCCGGACUACGCAGGUGCUGGUGGGCCACCACGUGCCCCCGCACCCCCUCGAGGUGGAGAAGCAGAUGCAAGAGUUCAUCCAGUGGCUCAACUCGGAGGACGCCAUGAACCUGCACCCGGUGGAGUUCGCCGCGCUGGCCCACUACAAGCUGGUGUACAUCCACCCGUUCAUCGACGGCAACGGGCGGACGUCACGCCUGCUCAUGAACCUCAUCCUCAUGCAGGCCGGCUACCCACCCAUCACCAUCCGCAAGGAGCAGAGGGCCGAGUACUACCACGUGCUGGAAGCCGCCAACGAAGGCGACGUCAGACCGUUCAUCCGCUUCAUCGCCAAGUGCGCGGAGACCACUCUGGACACCCUGCUCUUCGCCACCACGGAAUACUCCGUGGCAUUGCCUGAGGCCAGACCCAACCACUCUGGCUUCAAGGAGACUCUGCCUGUGAAGCCCUAGCCCUGCCAGCCCUCCCCUGGCCCCAGCGGAGGAUGAGGAGUUACAAAAAACAAAACAACAACAAAAAAAAAAAACGGGAACUAGCACUUCUAGAAAGUCCCAUGUCUUCCAAAGCAAAGGGAGACAGAUAAGGAACUUUCCAAAUGUGUUUUUAGUGAAAAAAAAAGAAAAAAUAUCUAAAUUAUUACCUUGUCUCUAAGAUAACUUAUACUUCAGCCAAGUUAUUUAUUGUUGUUUCUGGAGCCAGUGCACAUGGCGUGUGGCAUCUGCUGUAGGAGCUGGUGGCCCUGAGUUUGGGGCCGUCCCCGUAGGCUCCUCGCGUGACCAGAACGCGGCUCCUGGAGCGGGGUUUGCACUAAGUGGUCAAGAGGCUGGAGGCUAGGCCCUGAGCGCAGGGCUGCUUCCUCCAGGUCUUUCUCUGCGACAGGCUGAGGGUCUGUGGCUGGAGAAGCGAUAGGAAGCCAUCUUGGAAGGCUGGGGUGGAAGGCCCCUCUGGUGAGAUCCCACCUUCUUUUUUUGACCCUUUGAACUAUAGUUAGUUUGCAAACUCUGGCACCAGAGGCUAUCACUUUACCGCAGUGAGACUGUGUCCCACCUUCAUUUCUGCUCCUUGCACUUUAUUUGUAGCCGCUCAGGCCAGACGCUUCUGGGUCUUUAGUGCACACGUCACACGCCCCAAGUGUCUCAGCCAGGUGAAUGUUCAGGAACACGCCUGUGAUCAGCCAGGCCGUGUCAACACCAGACCAGCCUUUCUGGCGGUGAGCAAGAGUGCCCCUCCCCGAGCUUAGCUCCGUCUGCCCCUUCUUCCCGCAGCCACUGUGCUGUCCGGUGUCCCCUGGGGGGUACAGAACAGACCGCCCUGGAGAGGCCUUGUUUUUCUAGCAGUCUGCACAGUGAGACCAUUCCACAGACGGGGCGUAGGCUCUCCUCUCAUGUCUGACACAGGUGCCAACGCAGCUGCUGUGUGCAGUCAGACCACCAGGGCCCACUUGCCAGUGUCGGUCGGGCAGUGACUAUCUGACUUGGAGAACUCGGAGUCUGAGGUCAUUUUUUUGAUGUGACAGUCACUCAGUUAUAUACAUUCAGGGGCUUCUGAAGGGUUAGCGAGUGGCAAGACGUGAAAUGGCCCCAACAUUUGACUCAGGCCUUCCUAAAAGCUCUUUUCAUACACGUAUUAUGCUGUCACAAGGUGUUUCUGAACCGGAACUCCCCUGCCUCGGUGUUCUGAGCAUACCAAGGAGGCCUGGCAGAAGUGCUUGCUCUGUCCUGGAGAACUCUGCACUUCUCUGUGAAGGAUGUAUUUUAACCAAUUACUGAUUCUAAUAAAGUAUUUUGUUACA